CGGUAGUGUGGUUGACACGACGGUCACCAAAAAAGGUUUCCCAUAUUGCCUCCUCUGUCUAUUCAAUAUUAUUCCUUGAGACGUUUCCCUCGAUUCAUGGGAGAAUCCGGGAAGCAAAAUUUCUUCACACUAAUGUUGACGGAGAGGAAGGAGAAAGGGUUCGACUUUCGGAUGGAUGAGCGUGUGUAUUCCGAGAUGGAGGCGAUGUCAAAGGCUGAUCACACUAUCCACCCGGCGAGUCUCGUGGACACGGGUGCGGCUGGAGGGGUUCAGAUGCCCGGGCCAGGUGGCGAUCAGAACGAAUCCGUGCCUAGCGAGGGAUGUGGGGACGGACAGGACGAUGAUCGAGGAUCGACGAGGGAUUCGACGUUCAGCAGUGGUAGUGCUGGCAGGAGCGGCAAAAGGAAGAAUGUGAGACAGCAGACCUUCAAAGCGAUCGCCGACGUCAUGGAUAAGCACGGGAAGAUGAUGGCGACAACGGUGGACAGUGCGAGCAAGAGGCAUUGCUCAGUUGUGAUGAGAAGCCGGCACCGUUGCACCGCCGACAGACGACCAUCUGUCGAAUGCCCACACACGUUGGCCGUGCCGCUCUGGCAAGCGAUCGUCACGCACUAUGAUGCGGUCAGCAUAACGUGGAACAACACCUGCCACGUCGGCAACAUCCGGUAUCAAGCUCCGCCUUCCACAGCAGACGAAUCCAGGACGGAUGGCACGGAGCACUUGACCACCGAUGUCCACCGCCACAGGGGUUGCCUUGUGCAUGGAAGAUGGGCGAGUGACAGAGGCACAUGUUUUAGCAACAGUGCUCUGCAAACACCCAACAGUGUUCAGGACCGUUCUGCGGUCAGACGGCCUCCGGACAUGCACGCACUUACCGGCGAUGGCAUGUGCACGUCGUCCAUGCUGCAGGACGACGAUGCAGUUGGCGGAAGACGUGCAUGGAAUCCGGUCGGCAAUGGGGCGACGAUGACAGAGGCACGACCGACCUUGGGCGAUGGCUAUGAACACACGCUCGCAUGUAGAUGAUCGUCACAAAAGCUUGCAGGCUGCGUGAUCCGGUGGGCAAUGGGGCGAC